GGGCCUUGAGCCGACGGGCUCCUCCGUCAGUGGCUGCUGGGCCGCCGCGGAGCGGAUGUUGUUAUUGUGGCGGUUCCUGUCCGUCCCUCUCGGCGGGAUCAUGACGGGCGCUUCUUCCCGGCGGCUCUGAGGGAAAAGGCUGCGGCGACUUUUUCGGCGGGGAGGGCUUCGAGGGCCGGUACGGGAGGCGGCCGUGCUCGCCUCGCUGGUCGUGCCCCUCGCCUUCGCUUCAGUUCUCUUCCCCCCACUCCCGUCUCCCCCAUCGUCUCCCUUCCGCGGCUCCGCCGGCAGGCUCCUCGCGGCUCGGCCUGGCCAUGGCGGACUUCGACGAGAUCUACGAGGAAGAGGAAGACGAGGAGCGGGCCUUGGAGGAGCAGCUGCUGAAGCACUCGCCGGACCCGGUCGUGGUGCGCGGCUCCGGCCAUGUCACUGUGUUUGGGCUGAGCAACAAAUUUGAAGCAGAGUUUCCUUCAUCGUUAACAGGAAAAGUUGCACCUGAGGAAUUUAAAGCCAGCAUUAGCAGAGUGAAUAGCUGUCUUAAGAAGAACCUUCCAGUUAAUGUCCGAUGGCUUCUUUGUGGCUGCCUUUGCUGCUGCUGUACUUUAGGUUGUAGUAUGUGGCCAGUGAUAUGCCUCAGUAAAAGAACACGAAGAUCGAUUGAGAAGUUAUUAGAAUGGGAAAACAAUAGGUUAUACCACAAGCUGUGCUUGCAUUGGAGGCUAAGCAAAAGGAAAUGUGAAUCGAAUAACAUGAUGGAAUAUGUCAUUCUUAUAGAAUUUUUACCAAAGACACCCAUUUUUCGACCAGAUUAGCAUUUGUUUUCCUUAGAGACUUCCCGAGUAUGUUGUCUUUUUCCAAUGGUGCCUUGCUUGGUGCUCUCCUGAUGGUGAUACAGCAUUGGUUCUACAGAAUAUUGUGGUGUUCUUCAUUCAUAUGUUUUCCUUCUCUCUUUUUUGGUAACGGCAUGUUCAAAGUGCAUUUUGUCAAAUGUUGCAGAUGUCAUUUCAGGCAAAUGAUAAUGCGAUUUAAGUUAUUACCUGUCUCCUGUUGUUGAUCAGUUCUGAUUUUCUAGGGUCAUGUCAUAUAUAUCUAUAUCUAUUUCUUUAGAUGUAUUGAUAUAUAUGUAGAAGUACAUAUAUCUAUGUGUGCUUUGUACACAUACAGAAACACACACACAGAUAUGUAGCUAUAAACAUACAACCAAAACUGGCUAUAAGUAAGAAGGUAUUUUAAAUCCCCACAGUUUGCAUCUGUACAUUAUAAAAUUUGGAAGUCACUUGCAUCUUCUCUGAAUCUCUGCCUAUUUUCCCAGUGGCAUAUUUGUAUAUAUUGGUCUUUUUUGCCCCUUUGCCUCCAUUGUAAUGCAAGUAAUAAGCCACCUGUGGGAAUAACAGGUAGCAUUUUGCGAUCCCUUCCUUGAAACCCAAAUAUUGGUUAUCUUUUACACAUUUUCCUGUUUUAUAAAGAAAACCUGUCUGAUUUGAAGAUGUUCUUCCCCACCAAACUUGAAAUUGGAUUGGUAUUAUUCCACUGGUAGAGUCAGUGGUACACCUGCAUGUUUCCAAUGGUUAAUAUUGCUCAGGAUCAUAAAAAUCCCUAGUAUUUCUCUGAGGGCUGGUUCACAUAUAACAAUGCUCAGUUACAUGACUAAGAGAGUGACUGGGGUGGGAUGAGAUGUAACAUGAUCCCACAACCCUCUCCUAGUCUCUUAACCAUGGUAGGGGGCAAAAAUAGACCAAUAUUUGUACCAACUCCAUUGGUGUGCAAGUGUGCAAGAAUGACUGAGAGUGCAUAUGCGUGUGAGUGUCCAUGUGUAUUGUGGCUGAUGAAAUGUAACAGCUUUACUGUUUUUGUUUACCAGAUCUAAUAGUACACAAGAUGCAGAAUUGUCAUAAAUAUGUUUGUUAAAUAAAUGCUUCAUUAGUUUAAGUUUUUAAGUGUUACAGUGGUUGGCUCCAGUCCAUAUAAAAUUAGGUGUUCUUAAGUCCCAGUAAAAUCAAUGGUCCAAGUUAGUUGUGUCCCUUUAAUUUCAGUGGGACUUAGGUACAAAUAACUUUCUCAUUUCUCAUUUUUAUUUUCCUUUGGUGUGGAGCAUUUGUAUGUAAAACAUGAAUAAAUUAUACCCAGGGCUAUGGAUAUGUUAAUAUCUUGGGGGUUUUUUACAUCUGUGUAUCAGAUGUAUAAAUCAAACAUUGGUCAUUUAACUUAAUAGCUUACUGAAUGUUUUGGAUAAAUACUUAUUGCAUCCCAGCUUCCAUUUAUUUUCUUUUUAAUGUUUACAUAGCUAGGUUUCAGUUUCUUGUUUUUACUGUUUGCACAAGAAAGCAUUUUUAAAAUAUGGAUAUAUAAUAGUAUACUUAGGCCAGGCCAGUUCAUAGUUUCUUGGCUGUGCAUAUCUUCAUGUAUUAUGUUCUAUGCUUAGUUAAUACAGGUAUUUCUGAACCUUGUUUUCUGAAUUUUAAUGUACAUGAACUGUAACAUAUGUUAAGGGCCUGUUCUUCAUGUAGCAGAGCAAUAAUGUGAAUAGCCAACACAUGCAACCUGCUUAAUUGUAUUAAUGAAAAGUUCACCCCAAUGCAAGAAUACCAUUUUUUUUCUUCUUUUAAAUGCAAGUUUCACUUUACUGUCAUUAUUAUACAGUUAAAUUUAUUGCAUAUUUGCCAAUAUUUAUUAUUCCUAGUGAAUCUUUACUAGAAUGUUACACAUGCUUUGCAAUGGACCUGAGUUUCUAGAAAUGACCAUUUAUCUAACUUCUCUUUGCAUAUCACAACAUAAAGUUUUUCCCUAACUUUACAUUUAACUAUCAAACUUGAGUAUAACUAGCCAAAGGUGGGCAUUUUUCUAAGCCCCAUUGAAUUCAGUGGGAGAGAAUUAUAUGCAUCAUUAGUUUUGUUGUCCAAAGCCUAUAUUCCAUUUUGGUCAGUUUUGGAUGUUGAAAAGUAUGUUGACUCAAAUUCAGUUGGCACAGCUGCAUCCUCAUAAAUAGCAGUGAUGUCAUCAGCCCAUAAUGUUACCUUUUAAUUUAAUUGAAAGCUUCCUGUCCCCCACCCCGAGUUCUGAGGCUCCCAAAGGAUCCCUUUUGAUCUGGGAAAACCCUGAGGAGUCUUGCGUUGUGAAGAAAGCCUGUAAUAUGAAAGUCACACUGGAUUGUUGUUGCUGGUGAUCCAGAGGCAAAUUUCUGUUGUUAAAGCCCCCACCCCAAUCCCAAGGCUCCUGAAAUCUUCCCUGGAUCUAAAGUGAUUUUUGAGGAGCCUUGGGACUUGAGGGGUGGUGGUGGUAAAGGAAACUUUUGAUUCAGUUGAAUUGUAUUAAAAAGUUAUGGGCUGAAUAUGUCAUUGCCAUUUACACCCACAUAGUUGUGUCAACUUGAUUUCAGGAAUUUUGUUCAUUAAGAACUGAAAAAUAACUUCUGUCCAUAGUCUGGUUUUCUUUGAAUAAGGAAAGUAUAAAUUAUUUUGCCCCUUACCUAUGAAUAUUCAUCUGUAAUGUAUUUUAAAACAUUGGCCUGUUUGAAGUACAUAGUUGUAAUAAAAAUGGGGGCCACAAUCCAA